AUGGACCCCUGCUCCUCGCUCUUCAGCUACGUGUUAAUGCACUUGUUCGUCCUCUGCCUGCAAGCCCAGGUAACUGUUCAGUCCCCACCUAAUUUUACACAGCAUGUGAGGGAGCAGAGCCUGGUGACAGAUCAGCUGAGCCGGCGGCUCGUCCGUACCUACCAGCUGUACAGCAGGACCAGCGGGAAGCAUGUGCAGAUCUUGGACAACAAGAAAAUCAAUGCGAUGGCAGAGGAUGGGGACGUGCACGCCAAGCUCAUCGUGGAGACCGACACCUUCGGGAGCCGCGUGCGCAUCAAGGGGGCGGCCACGGGUUUCUACAUCUGCAUGAACAAGAAGGGGAAGCUGAUCGGCAAGAGCAACGGCAAAGGCAAGGACUGCGUCUUCACGGAGAUCGUCCUGGAGAACAACUACACGGCGCUGCAGAACGCCAAGUACGAGGGCUGGUACAUGGCCUUCACCCGCAAGGGCCGCCCGCGCAAGGGCUCCAAGACCCGGCAGCACCAGCGUGAGGUGCACUUCAUGAAGCGGCUCCCCAAGGGCCACCAGACCACCGAGCCCCACCGGCGCUUCGAGUUCCUCAACUACCCCUUCAACCGCAGGAGCAAAAGGACUAGAAACUCCAGCUCCAAGGCUGGCCCUUGA